CAAGUUUUCCUUUGUCACCCUCCAUUCUCAAUCUCUUUCUCCAGGCUGAUAGAAACCAUGGCUGAUCUGAUCCUUGGGAGCAUCGUGGAUUCCAUCACCGAACAUCUUGUUUCCCUCAUUGCCCAGCAGAUUGGGUUAACAUGCGGUGUCAAGCGCGAGCUCAAGAAACUCCAGGGCACUGUCUCUGCUAUUGCUGCUCUGCUUCGUGAGGCUGAAAAGAGACGAAUCGAGGCUGAGGACGUGAAAGACUGGCUUCAGAAGCUGAAAGUUGUGGUUUACGAUGCUGACGAUCUGUUGGAUGACUUCUCCACUGAAGCCCUGCGCCGUCCGAUAGUGGCGGGAGGAGUUAAGCGAGUUCUGAAUGAGGUGCGUAUCUUUCUCUCCUCUUCUAAUCAGCUUGUCUAUGCCUGUAUGAUGGCUCAUCGAGUUAAGGAGAUUAGAGAGAGGAUCGAUGCCAUUAAGAGUGAUAGGUCUGACUUUAAGGUCGAGGGAAACGAUGGUAAUACCCUUGGAAUUUCGGUGGAGAACCAACCUAGGCCGGAAACAUCUCCGUACGAGCAUGAACGAUAUGUGGUUGGAAGAGAUGAAGACAUAAAAGAAGUCAUCAAGUUUUUACUCAAUCCUGAUUUUGAGGAGAAUGUAUCUAUCCUACCUAUAGUGGGGAUUGGAGGCCUCGGGAAAACAACUUUAGCAAGACAGGUAUUCAACAAUGAGAGCAUUAAGGAAUAUUUCUCUGUUAAGCUUUGGGUUUGCGUGUCAACAAAUUUCGAUGCGGAGGAAAUUAUGAGGAAGAUAGUUAGAGAAUCCACUCUUGGCAAGGAACAUAGAGAUCUCAAGGGGGCUGAGUUGAUAAGAAAGGUGAGAGAAGAGCUCGAUGGGAAGAAGUUUUUACUUGUGUUAGAUGAUGUAUGGAAUGAAAAUCGGUCUAAGUGGUUGGAACUUGAAGGAUUUCUUAUGAAUGGUGCAAAAGGCAGUAAAAUAUUAGUGACCACUCGCCAUCUUAGAGUGGCCAAAACUAUGAAACCACCACCAUAUUAUGAGUUGAGGGGCUUACUUGAGGAUCAGUCGCUCGCUUUGCUAAUGCGAAUGGCAGGGAAGCAAGAACACGAGUGGAAAACUCAGAAUUUAGAAGAGAUUGCAAAAGAAAUUCUGAAGAAGUGUGCUGGAGUUCCCCUUGCAAUCAAGACGAUUGGGCGACUGUUGGUAUUUUUGAGAGAUACAGAGGAAGACUGGUUGAACUUCAAGGAUAAUGACUUAUCGACAAUAAAUCAGGAGGAAGGUGAUAUCAUGCCAUCGCUAAAGCUAAGCUAUGAUUUUCUGCCAUCACAUUUGAAGCAGUGCUUUGCUUACUGUUGCUUGUUUCCAAAAGAUUACGAGCUAGACCCAUCUGAGCUCAUUCAUCUUUGGAUGGCACAGGGAUUUAUCAAACCCCUGGGCAAUAGGAAGACUCAGCUCGAAGACGUCGGCCAUGAUUAUUUUAUGGAGCUGCUUUUGAGAUCCUUUUUCCAGGACAUAGAAGAAGAUCCUGAUGGCAACAUUGUGAGAUGCAAAAUGCAUGAUUUGAUGCAUGACCUCGCACAGUCGGUUGCAGGAGAUAAUUGCAUCACCAUUGACAGCUCCCAUGAGAAGAAGUUACCACAAGGAGCUCGCCAUGUAUCCACCAAUGAUCUGGUUGUGUUGAAAGGCCAAUUUGAGAAAGACAGAAGAAUAAGGUCCCUGCUUUUCACCAACGAGAAAAACUAUAUUGAUAUUUAUUUGGAUGUCUCAUGUUUCAGAAAUCUACGGGCGCUACGUGUUCAUAUGGCAAGGAUAACUGUGAUAUCCAGUUCAAUCGGUAAACUAAAGCAUAUGAGGAGCCUCGAUCUAUCAUGGAAUCAUUUUCAGUAUCUUCCGAACUCUAUAAGCGGGUUGUGCAAUCUAGAGACGCUUAAUCUUAGAGGUUGUUGGUGCCUAGAAAGACUACCCAGAGGCUUGACGAAGUUGGUUAAUUUGAGGCAGCUUGAUGUGAGUGAAUGUCCUGAGUUAACACAUAUGCCAAGGGGGAUUGGGAAUUUGACUAAUCUGCAAAUGCUAGUUGCAUUUAAGGUGGGGGAGGAUUCGAUUCGAGAUGAUGCUGCAGGGUUGAAUGAGUUGAGCAAACUUACUGGAUUGAGGAAAGGAUUAACUAUCGAAUGCUUGGAAAGAGUGAGAAGUGUUCCGAGCGGGUUGGAAGCUUCCUUCCCAAUUGAGAAGUUAGCUCUCCAGUCAUUGAAGCUACGGUGGCACUAUAUAUAUUCUACGGAGGCUGAUGCAGAAGUUUUAGAAAGACUUCGGCCCCAUCCAGAUCUAAAGAAAUUGUCGAUAGUAGCAUACGGUGGUGUCCAGCCUUCAUCCUGGAUUUCUCAACUUCAUAAACUAGUCGAAUUUGAGUUUAGGAAUUAUUUUGGCCGCGUGCAUCUACCACCUCUAGACCAGCUGCCUUCACUCAAAAGAAUCUUCUUAUUUUCUUUGAGCGAAUUGCAGUGGAUAGAAUUGUCGGAGAGUGAGAGCGGGACGCCGCCGUCUAAUUCCUUUCCAUCCUUAGAAGAAAUAAGGCUAAAGAGUCUGCCUAAAUUUAGGGGAUGGGAGAGGAGGAGGACGAGGAGGAGGAGGAGCAGCAGUAGAAUUGAACAAGACGAAGAAGCUAUUCAGGAGGAGGUGGAGGAGGAGGAUGAUGAUUCUUUAUUGAUGCUCCCCCUGUUCUCUCACAAGGUCAAGGUCACCAUAGAUGUAUCGACAGGGCGAUGCCCAAAAUUCUCAUACAUGCAUGGUCAAAAGCUGCAUCUGAUGAAAAUCUCAACCAGAAUUAUAAAGCAGCUUUUGAGGAAUGUAACUAUACGCCAUGCUUCAGCAUCAUCAUCAUCGUCAUCGUCGUCGUCGAGGAUCACGUUGAUCUCCCUAUCUUCUAUAUCUCCCCUGCCACUGACCCGCCUCACCAUUUCUGAAGCGGAGGACUUAGAGCACUUACCGGUGGAGUUGCUUCAGUCCCUCCCGUCUCUCCAGUCUCUUGCAGUCAGUUAUUGCCCUCGCCUGAAAGCUCUCCCUGGGUGGGCGAUCCUCCGAUACCUAACUGCCCUCGAGUCGUUGACGAUAUCCAACUGUCCAGAACUUGACUUAUCAAUGGGGGAGUCAGGAUAUCAAGAAGACAUGCCUGAAGGACCAGCUUAUAAACUCCGAGAGUUGGAAUUCUUGGGGAUUGGAAAAAUGAAGACUCUCCCAUGGUGGAUUCAGCACCUCACCAACCUCGAAAGCUUAAAAAUUGCAUAUUGCAAUGAUCUGAAUGCUUUUCCUGAGUGGUUUCCACAGCUUACCUCACUCAAACGUCUUCAUAUUUGUCUUUGCGGGGGAGAGCUGAGAAGAAGGUGCAGAAGGAACAUCGGAGAGGACUGGCCUAAGAUUUCUCACAUCCCCGACAUAAAUGUGUCGCCGCCAUAGGUCAAUGAUUUCUCAUUCUCAUUUUUAUGGUUCUUGCUUAAAUAUUUGUGCAUUUCUCACUCAUCAGUUUAACCAAUGCUUCAUUCCUUAACACAUGUUAUUUGGGAAAGGAUCAGUAAGACUCAUUUGAGUUGUUUCAUGGAGAGUUCGAAACUGCUGUCUGUAGAUCUCGGCCAUUAGAUUGUUGAUCCCUGUCACAUCUGAUCUGAUUUUCUCCUUCCUGCACCACAAAUUCUUUCCUCGACAAUACCCAUUUACAUCUUUACGGAUAGAAAAAAGCAGGAAAGAAUCUACUGUCAUAUCGUCGAUACUCUCUUUGCAUUGCAUUCGCUCAUUGUUCUGUUACCGAAUUGAGUUUAAUUUCAUUGUUUUUUUUCUAACGUUCUGGAAAACCUCAAUCUGCUGAAGAUAUGAAAGGGCCCUUUUCCUCUGCUUCCUACUUCCGGUGUUUGGCUAAAAAGCUCUUUUACUGCUGAGUGAUCUGACUGUCGCGGUUCAGUACUUUUGUCAAGAGGAGAAGUAAUGUCUCAUUUAAUAACUUUGAUCAAUGAAGCUUGUUCUUAUUCCACUCCGCUCCAGGAUGUAUGUUACUUUCAGUAAGCUAUCGAGAUCAUUUUAUCUGAAGUUCACAAAUCCAUCUUCUGAAGUCGAGUUUCUGGAAGAGGGACUGAUGAAUUAUUGAGUUUGUUGAGCUUCCGAACUUCAGCGUAUGUGAAGAAGUUGGAUAAAUUUUAUCUUAAGGAUCAGCAUUCCCGUUCCAGAUGGAAAGGCUUUGUCACUUGUUAGGUGCCCGGAUGCAUGGAGAGAUGCUCUCGGGGACAAAUAGUGUAACCUCCCAAGCUACAUUCCUUCCAUGCUUUCUGCACUUUAUUUCGCUGGCACUCAUUGUUCCUCGUCAGUGCAGCCAGUUUGAAGGAAAGGCACUAGCGCACCCAUCCCAUCAGGAAUAUAUUAGUGGACGCUCAAUCAGAAUUUGAAAGACAUGAUUGACACUGCAUGGAGCCUGCAUUACGGGAUCGUUCAUAGAGGCUUGAACAGAUGAUGUAUAUGAAAGGCCUUCACUCCAACCUACUUACAGAAUUUAGCUCAAGCUCUUAAAUUGCGGAGUGAUCUUGACAGUUGAGGUUCAGUUUUGUCAAGAGUGGACAGUUUAUAGUGUCUCAUUUACUCUGAUCAAUGAAGCUUGUUCUUAUCCCACUCCAGUCCAGUUGCCUCAAAUUUAAAACAGGGCGUACAGUACUUCCUGUAAGCUGUUGAGAUCAAAUUAUCCCAAGCUCGUAAAUUCAUCUUCCCAAGUCGAGUUUCUGGAAGAGGGACAGGUGAAUUGCUGAUUUUGUUGGACUAGUUUCCGAACUUCAGAAUAUGUGAAGAGGGUUGGAAAAAUUUGAUCUUAAACAUCAUCAUUUACAUUCCAGGAUUGAAAGGCUUGGUCACUCGUUAGGUGGCCGAAUGCACGGAGAGAUUUUCUCAGGGACAAAAUAGUCCAGUUUGAAGGCAAGGCACCAGCGCACCCAACCCAUCAGUCCACUCCUGACUACACACCCACCAUGCCUUCAUGUGACAACAUUUAAGGUGGGGGAGGAUUCGAUUCGAGAUGAUGCUGCAGGGUUGAAUGAGUUGAGCAAACUUACUGGAUUGAGGAAAGGAUUAACUAUCGAAUGCUUGGCAAGAGUGAGAAGUGUUCCGAGCGGGUUGGAAGCUUCCUUCCCAAUUGAGAAGUUAGCUCUCCAAUCAUUGGAGCUACGGGGGGACCAUUUCUAUUCUAAGAAGGCUGAUGCAGAAGUUUUAGAAAGACUUCGGCCCCAUCCAGAUCUAAAGAAAUUGUCGAUAGUAGGAUACGGGGGUGUCCAGCCUUCAUCCUGGAUUUCUCAACUUCAUAGACUAGUCAAAUUUGGGUUUGGGCAUUAUUAUGGCCGCGUGCGUCUACCACCUCUAGACCAGCUGCCUUCACUCAAAAGAAUCUACUUAUUUUCUUUGAGCGAAUUGCAGUGGAUAGAAUUAUCGGAGAGUGAGAGCGAGACGCCGCCGUCUAAUUCCUUUCCAUCCCUAGAAGAAAUAAGGCUAGAGAGUCUGCGUAAAUUUAGGGGAUGGGAGAGGAGGAGGAUGAGGAGGAGGAGCAGCAGUAGAGUUGGACAAGAGGAAGAAGAUAUUCAGGAGGAGGUGGAGGAGGAGGAUGAUGAUUCUUUAUUGAUGCUCCCCCUGUUCUCUCACAAGGUCAAGGUCACCAUAGAUCUAUGCCCAACAUUCUCAUACAUGCAUGGUCAAGAGCUGCAUCUGAAGAAAACCUCAACCAGAAUUAUAAAGCAGCUUUCGAGGAAUUUAACUUCAGCAUCGUUAUCGUCGUCAUCGAGGAUCACGUUGAUCUCCCCAUCUUCUAUAUCUCUCCUCGCACCGACCGGCCUCACAAUUUCUGAAGCGGAGGACUUAGAGCACUUGCCGGUGGAGUUGUUUCAAUCCCUCCCGUCUCUCCAGUCUCUUGCAAUCAAAGAUUGCCGUCGCCUGAAAGGUCCCCCUGUGUGGGCGAUCCUCCGAUACCUAACUGCCCUCGAGUCGUUGACGAUAUACGACUGUCCACAACUUGACUUAUCAACGGGGGAGUCAGAAUAUCAAGAAGACAUGCCUGAAGGACCAACUUAUAAACUCCGAGAGUUGAAAUUCAGGUGGAUUUGGAACAUGGGGACUCUCCCAUGGUGGAUUCAGCACCUUACCAACCUCGAAAGCUUAAAAAUCGAAUUUUGCUUGAAUCUGAGGGCUUUUCCUGAGUGGUUUCCACAGCUUACAUCACUCAAACGUCUUGAGAUUUGCGGGGAAAAGCUGAUAAGAAGGUGCAGAAGGAACAUCGGAGAGGACUGGCCUAAGAUUUCUCACAUCCCGGACAUAUAUGUGCGCUUGAACUUGGCCUUGCCUUUAGAGAAGAUAUGAAGGGCCUUUUCCUCUGCUUCCUACAACUGGUGUUUGGUUAAAAAGCUCUUUUACUGCUGAGUGAUCUGACUGUCGCGGUUCAGUGCUUUUGUCAAGAGGGGGAAGUUUAAAUGUCUCAUUUAAUAACUUUGAUCAAUGAAGCUUGUUCUUAUUCCACUCCGCUCCAGGAUUAAUAGCAGAGGAGUGUGUUAAUGUGAUUGAUGAAUGAUUUAGCCACAACAUGGUUCUGGAAAUAGCACAUGCGCUUAGAACUGUCCAUUAAUUAAUCCCAGAUAUGUGUGAUGUUGAAGAUCAAGUUGGCUUGGCUGGGUCAGUGUAAGUCUCGUUCAGAUGUGCCUCUAGCAGCUCAAUCAUCCUUCCCCUCAAAAGGAGAUAACCAUUCCGAGUUGUCAGCAGAAGAACCAGGAAUUCGUCUUCAGAUGCUUCAAAGUUGCUCCGAUGGCAGCACUUGUAUGGCAUCUGGUGUCUCCACUUUCAGUUGUUUGUCCCUCAUUGUUCCUUAUCAAUGGAUCUGCUACUGAAGGCACUGGCUGAGAUGCCGAAACAGCUUUAUCUCAAUGGAGGCUGAGCUGCUGUGGAGCUGAUUGACUCUGUUUGUAUGGAGGGAAAUGAUAAGGUCCAUAACAACUCUUUCGCAAUUAAUCCGACCCCUUAAUUCGCAUCAUUUUAGGGUCUCUCCACUUUCGCUUAUUCAAUGAGCCGUUCCACUUUCACUUAUUCAAUGAGCCGUUCCAGCGUCUCCGUUUCACAUUUGCUGAAGUUUCCUCCUCUCUGUGUCUAGUCAAGUAAUUUUAACAUUCUGUGAGCAGGUUCUCAGCUUCAGGAUUUCGGAUCUAGCAUGAGUCACGGUCUAGAGAGGAUACUAUAUUGUGGUCACUGUAAAUGAUGGAGAAUGAAAAAUGCUGUUUGUUAACAGUGAUUUCUUUUAAAUGUAAAACUGGCCCGUGCAUUGCAUGGGUAUAAUUUAUACUUCCAUAUGGCCAUGUUACAGUA